AUGUCUCACUCUUCGGUGAAUCCACGUGCUGGCCAGUCCGAAAGCGAUGAUCCGGAUGGCGGUCAAACCAGAAAGAACCCAGAAACAACAACAGACAGCCACGCUACCAAGAUCAAAGAUGAGCCCUCGUUGACCGCAGAUGAGACCGCAGAUGAGCGAAUCGUCUCUUGGUACACGAAGGUUGAGGAGCCGGCUGGCCACCACGAGAUGGCCGAAGAUGGCGCCCGAAAUGAUAGUGGCCUUUCCGAGGACUGGAAAUUGACACCACUGCAUGAGCUAGUAGAGCGGACAGAUGAUGACGAUGAUGGCUUGCACGAGCUCCAAAGGCAGUUGGAUCAAUGGAAGGACUUCCUCGAUGUCCGCUCCCCAGAAGAUCAGGAGACGGCGCUCCACAUGGCUAUUCGGAAAGGCUUCAACAAGAUGGCACGUCAACUCCUCGCAGCCGGGGCCAAAGUAAAUAUCGAGAAUGGCAGCGGAGAGUUACCAUUGCACGUGGCCUGCGACUACGGAGACCAACAACUGGUGGAGGUGUUGCUAGAGAAGGGCUCCGAUCCCGAGCACAAGGAUGCGUCUGACAUUUAUCCCGUUCAUUCAGCCGUCAUCCGUGGCUUUGGAGUCUCAGUGGUGCGUAAGUUGCUUGGUGCCAAAGGAUUCGUCAUCAAUGAGACCGUCGGCGGCGCACACUGGACUCCGCUCAACAAGGCUAUCUACUACAGGCACGAAGAUGUGGUUGAUGCCCUUUUGGAAGGAGGAGCAAGCCUCCGCAUCAAGGACUCAGACGGAUGGACACCCUUGAUGACGGCGAUCUUGCUAGGUCUGUACAGCACCAUUGCCAAGUUACUAAGUCAUCUGGAAAAGAAUUCGACCGAACGGGAUGUUGUCAAUAUGCCAGACAAUCAUGGCACAACGCCCCUAAUGCAACUAUGUACUGGAAACCUCAAAGAGUCAAUUGCCCCCAUUGAACACCUUCUUAAGAUGAACCCAGACGUCAAUGUCACCGACGAGGACGACCAGACUGCACUGCACUAUGCAAUGGCCUCCUUAGGGUACUGCAUGGAAACAGAGGCACAGCUUUACAGAGAUGUGGCAUUGAAACUGAUCAAGUCGAUGUCUAUCAAAAGACUUUUGCACCUAGACAAGGAUGGAGAGACUGCAUUCGACGUUGCAUUUGACGAGGAUGAGAAGGGCCCGAAACUUGCUUUCAGGCCCUUGCUAGACUCACUGGUUGAUCGCCUCGUUGAAGGCGAAUCAAUUGAGGAACCGCUUUGCUGGGCCGUAUACCGCUUAGAGCGACAUCCGGUUGCUCUGAAACUUUUCCAGAAGAAGUUUGCUGCAGAGAUUCGCCAAGAUUCCAAGCGCGGGCAAUGGGCGAUAGUUGAGUGGGCGAUUUAUGCACGCAUGCCACGGGUACUCCUGACCUACCUUCGAACAUUAGGCGUGGAAAGGAGAGUCAGCGAGGACGACAAGGUCGAUAAGAGCAUCGAGAAUGGCCAGAAAUUGGUCAAAGCAUUAAAGGAAGAAGUGCGACAAUCUUCGACACCCUUGGCGGAAGAGAAGAGACGAAAGGGAGAGCGUGGCCCGGCGAGCGGAGCCGAUUCAGGCAAAGAUGCCCAAGUCUUGAGAGAUAUGGAGGACAUCCUGGACUACCUCUACCCAGAGAAGGCAAAAAAACCCACCAAACCGUUGGACUUGUCGAGGCCAGAGAAGAGCAUGAAAUCGAGCUUGGACGGGUUCCGUGCAGCAAUCAUCCAGAGUACCUUUGUCAAGUUUCGAACGAUACAGGAAGUCCUGUAUGAUGACGACUCGAUGGCACACAUGCAAGACAUUGCCAAAAGGCUCAAGCAAUUCGAGUAUACGCCCAACGUGUCUUCCGAACACGCAUCGCAAACCUCCGAAGAGCUCCGGGAAAACACCAAGGCCAGGGCUCAGUUCACUUGGAUACAUUUACCAUCAACCAACAUGGUUUGGAUGGAGGACACGGCAAAGAAGAUACUAAAAGGAGAAGGGUGUGGAAAGAGCGAGGCCGAAAAGGUGGCCUCCUUUUUGCGAAGCAGCUGGAUCGAAAUCCCAGACAGAACAUCCACUUCAAGGUUCAUGAGGCCCCGGUAUGUUUUCAAAGAGACAGAAAAUGCGACUAGACAACAGCCAGAAGACGAGAAUGAGUUGAAAGAUGCCCGUGGGCGAGGAUCUACUCAAGCAGGCAACCGCUCGCGGCACAACAAGGAGCGAGAAAAGCCCAGCAGCGAAGACUAUCAAGGGGGAGAGCAAAGCAUUUCCCCAGAAGACACUUCUACUACUCCAGGGCGAGAACCGGAAGAAGAUCAAAACAGCGAGCAGGCAGUCGACACGGAUCAUGGCGGCGCAGAGAAAGGCAAAUCCUUUGCCGUGUCGGCAAUCUAUGUCAUUGAGAUGCCCUAUCUGUAUUUCUCAACAUACCACCAGAACGAGAGUGGCGAGCAGAUGACGGGCACAGAAAGCCCUUCAGACCUCGAGAAAAAGGUCCAAGACGAGAUAACUGCGCGCCAAGGACUCUUCAACGCAUACAAAAACUCGGUGAUUCACCAACCCACAACCCUAGACGAGUUCUAUUAUCAGUUUGCAUCAGACAAGGACUCUGUCGAGGACCGAAACACGCGCAACAAAGAUCAGGUCGUCACAAAGUAUCUGCGGCGAGGAGUAGACAUGGAGAAGGAAAGAUUCUGGCCUUUGUUGCGAGUUAGCCAGCUCUGGAUCUGGACUAUCGACGAUAAGUGGUUAAUUACUUCAACCUCCUGCGCAACCGACGAUAUUCGCGACAAUCUCGUGACAGACAUUUUGGGGCAUCUUCAGAGGCAAGUCGAGAAUGGAAGUCGCCGACUAGGACCAACCUCUGCCACUGAAAUGAGCAGGGUAAUUGUCGACUAUUGCAUUGGUACCUACGAGAGGAAGCGAAGGCGCCAAAACGUGAAACGAAAUGAGGACCAAAGGCUCCAAACAGACGGCACAACCACACAGGACCAGCCUCAAGGAAACACGGGCAGGGUGAAUCAGAGCGGUACUGAGGACGGGAAACACAAAGAGGAGCGAUCGAUCCAUCAAAUCUUCUCGGACUCCAUCAAUGAGAUCGCGAGAAAAGAGUCAAGCUUGUUCAGUUUGUCAUACGGCCGCCAUGGCUAUGCAAGAGAACCAGAAACGGGCCCUGACUCUCACCACACAUCCGAGAUAAUGGAGGGUCUCCAGGAUGCUCUCAAUACGGUGGCAGUGCAACUGUGCCAGAUCAAAGACAUCCGCGACGAACUCAACAUCCUGAAGUCGAUUGCAAAGUUUCAGCGGAAAGUCCAGUCAACCAUGGCUGGAAGCGGCGCCAAAGAAGAGCUUUCAAGCUAUUAUCUCUUAAGAGACCUCGAUGAAUUGGACAAAUUUUCCAACCAGACUCAGGAAGCCGUCAAGACUCCACUCACGCUCCGGGAGAGUGACAUCGCCAGUUUCCAGGCACAGAUUGCUAAUUGGCAGGCAAGCGAAUCCGUGAGGCAGGGGAAAGAGUCUGUCAAGCAGGGCGAGGAGUCUGUGAAACAAGGAGAACAGGCUGUGAAGCAAGGGAAAAUAGUAUUGGUAUUUACCCUUGUCACAGUCUGGUUUCUCCCUCUCUCAUUUCUCACCUCUCUCUUUGCGCUGGACGUCGCAUCUUUCAUGGACACCCCUGCCUGGGCUUUCUAUGUUAUCUUUCUCGUACCAUUGAUAUUCCUUGGAUCGGCAGCUAUCUACGUCUGGAAGAGGGAGAUCAGGGGUCUUUUAGCAACCCUCGAAAUUCUAGAAAAGGAGACAGGUGAAGAGGCUGAGAAGGGAAGAUCGACCGCUCGAUUUACACGGAUUAAAAGAGCACUGAGAAAGCGAAAAGGAAUUGAUGUGGAACACGGAAAGAGUCGAAAAUAG